AUGUCUAAUGGACACAAGCUGUCGGGGUCUGGCAGUAACCAGUCCCAACCCAAAACAGUUUCCCCUGGGACUGGGUCGUCAGAUUCCAGCUCUGCUCUCACGGUGGAAAAUGUGAAAAGGCUGGAAAAGGAGUACAUGACUUCUAAAGAAGCCUUUACUAAACAGAGAAUACAAGAUUAUAUUAAGCAGACUAACCUUGCUUGCCUCAACAAAGAGACAACUGGGAAAACCAGCGCAGAGGUUGCCUGGGAUGCAGAGCCUGAAGGAGCCUCCUCAUCCUUUCCUGCAAAGCGGAAAGAAAAGAGUGAAGUUUGCUGGAAGACCUCUGAAGAAAUUUCAAGGAAAGAUAAGCUACUAACAGCACCGACGACAGAUUCCCCAUCAGAUCAGCCCACUGGUUCUAAGCCAAAGGAAUCCAAAUGGCAAGAAGACAGCUAUCCUGCCAACAGAACAGACGACUUCAAGGACAAGACGACCCAGACGGAGUGGAGCUAUUCAGACGAGUCCCUGACUGCCAGGGAGGAAGGUGAGUUCAUCUAAAGCAUCCCUGCUGUUUCAGUAAUAGGAGAGGAGAAGAAGAACUCAGAGGCUGUGGAUGGCAGGAGCAGCCUUAAGCCCACAGAAGACCAAAAUGCGGCGGUGCUUUCCAGGGAGAGCGAGGUGUACUCCGAGGCCGGAGAGAGCAAGGGGACAACCAAAUCCGAUGAAGAGGCAGCAGACGAGGAUGGAGAGGAGAAUAACGAAGCAGGACUGUGUGAGCAAGAUGCAUGGGAGCCUGUCGAGCUUGCCCAAGGGAAUCCACUUCCAGCGUCAGACAAGGACCUGCUGUCCACGGGAGGAGAGCUCGAGGCUGAUGGGUCGGCAACUACCUUCUACUCAGGCAAGGAAACCAUCCAGAUGGAAGAGUCUGCAAAGUGCACCUUUUGCAGUGCUCCUGAAAAGCCAAUCCCAACAGUGUCGGAUCUGAAGGAACAACCCCAGGAAGAUCUCUUUUGCUGCAGGAGAUAUAUGGAAGUGUUUGAUGCUGUCAUCCAAAAGCUGAAGAGUGAAGAUGAAGCAGAGCAGGAAGAGCGGGACAUCACUCCCCAUGCUGACCCUUCUCAAGCUGAGUUGAGGAGAAGCAUCAAGGAGAAACUGCUGCAGCAGUUGGAUGAAGGACACUUUGAGAACCUCAGUGAAAUACUUCAGCAGUAUAUGAAAUUUGCUGCCUGGACCAGAAUCUCAUUCAGACUCUCAAAACAAAAUGAAUACUCUGUCAGACCAAAAACUGCCCCUUUCAAAAAGCAUCAACCAACAUCUGUACACCCAGAAGACCUGCUAGAGCCAGACAGUGAGUUUGUUGCGGUGCAUUUAAAGCGCUGCCGUUCUCCUGAACCCAUAAGACGAUGUUAUCCUGAUGGACAGACCUUUUUUCUCCUGUUCCCAGAUGGAAGUGGUCAGGUUUACUACCCAUCGGGCAACGUGGCCAUUCUCAUCACAUUCUCCGAGGAAGCCCUGUUCACCUAUUGCAUCCUGGAGGACAGCAGAUACCCAGGGAUCAGGGCUGCCUUUGGGAGCCAAGGCCACGGGGUCUGCUUCCACCCUGAUGGCCACCUCUGGGCCGCCGUGAACCCCUGCACUGGGAUCUGCUUGGACCGGGCAGGGGCCAGCCAGAAACGCUGGAGGUGGCAGGACUUCAGCCACCACACUCACAGCCCUCCUUUCCAGUCCGUCACCAUGAAACUGAACGGCUACAUCACGAUUAAAAUCCUGGCUCAGGAUCAAAUUCAUUUAUCAUUCACCAGCCGCAGAGAUUGCAUCCGUUUCAACGUGGGGUCCCGGCUCAAGUUGAAAGACCCAGAGACAAGCCACCUACUGAAGUGGCCAGAAAGCGAAGAGGAGCUCUUCCUUCAAUCUAAAAAGAUUCAGCUCAGGAGCCUGCUUUCCAAAAUACAGACAGCUUUGCAAUACUUUUGGCAACCUCUCUCUCAGUGA